CAGAGCAGGCAGCGCAUAAUUUUGGCUGUAAUGGAUGAAGUGAAUUCUCUCUGAGUUAAGGGCCGUGGAGGGUUUUAUAUCCACGAACAUCGCCCAAUUCCUGGGUCUGGUUUCUUUCCAGAGCCGCUUAAGUAAACUGGAAUCAAUUUGAACACAUAAAUAUGUGAUCAUUUCCGAUGACUAUGAAACUGCAGAGAGUUUACACUGAACAUUAAAGCGAAUAUGUGAACAAGAAGCAAGCGGGUCAAGUUUUAUUUGAGUUAUGUGGGACAAUAUCCCUACACAGCGAGCUUUACUGCUUCAGAGCUCACAAACCGUGUGCAAGGAGAGCUAAACGCCUGUUUAGGCUUUGAUAUCGAACAAGGAUAAACAGUCUAAAACAAGGACAGCCUGUAUUUUUCUUCUUUCUUUUUGUCUUUUCGGGGACGCUAGCUUGGCUAAAGCUAGCCGAGAAGCGCGAGCGCAAUGCGCUCUUUGAGGCACCCUGGAAACUGCCAGUGAUGCCAUCCUGAAGGACAUAUCGUUAAAAAUCAUUUUUGUUUCGGUCUUUGCACUCUUGGAUUUAUUUUGACGCGAUUUGAGGAGGCCACGGCACCGGGGAUGAGUUGUGGAUAACCUGUGCGCAUUCAAUCGCGUGCGCAUCUUUGUUUUGCUUCCCUCCGACUCUUCCAUCUGGCAAGAUUUCACACUUUUACUCAACACUGAGCGAUUUGUGCUGUUCAUGUGCUGUCUUGACCGCAUAGGUCCGCGUCUCCGGAGGACAGAGGUAUGCCUGGAUCAGACCGCCUGCAUGGGACCAAGAGGAAGGCUGAAUCGCUGUACCACCAACAGCUGCAGGCGGCCGCCGGGGAUGGUCAGCCGCUGCAGCACGCGGGCUCCGGUAGGCAUCUUAACAAGACCACGAGCUCCUCGUCCACUUCUUCCAAGCACAAACGAAACAAGUCCAAACACGAGGCCGAAACUGGCGCGUUGUGCGCUGUCUCCGCGCGUCCAGCAGCGGGCGCCAUCAAGCCUCUGGUGGAGUACGACGACAUCAGCUCGGAUUCGGACACGUUCCUAGACUCCCCCGCCACCGAGAACCCGGCGGACAGCAGAGACGCCGAACAGCUAGAUCUGUCGGACUAUGGUGAGGUGGUGGCGGGGGUCGCCGCCAAAGAGAACCGGACUCAUAAACGCAAGCGCUCCCGGAAGAAAUCCAAAGACCGGCAUCGGGUCAGGGAGUCUGCGGAGAGACCAGAAGGGGCCAAAAAGAGCAUCAAGGACCGGGAGAGAGUGAGCAAAGAGAGCCGUAGGAAGGUUAAGGAGAGGGCUAGUCCAGUCGCGUGCCUUGCUGCUUCAUCAUCCAGACGCUCCGGUGAGGCCGGUGCCAAAAAGCUCAGCGGCGGCGGCGACUCGGUGUCCUCCGGCGCGGUGCAGUCAGCUGUCAGUUUAGGCAGCAGCGCCUCAUCCGCAUCUUCCUCCAUCAGCAAGGAAAGUGUGCGUUCAUCCAAAUCUCGCAAAGACAAGAGAAGGAACGAGGAGUAUGAGGAGGACCGGAGCCAUCGAAAGGCCGCAAAGAGUCGCAAGUCUAGCCCUAAAGGGAAGAGCCAGUCUCGGAGGAGCGGGGUGGACAGUCCAUCCGUUGCGGAGCUCGAGAACAGCUACUCCUCCAAGCGCAAGGCCGCGAGUCCGAGCCCGUACAGAGAGCCGCCCAGGCGGAGCAGACAGAGGUCCGAGAGCCCCUACGGGAGAAGGAGGUCUUCUAGCCCUGAGAAGGAUGGGAGUCCGUAUGUGAGCAGAAAACACUCACCUGGAAGUCCCUACGCGAGCAGACGUUCACCCAGCAGCAGUCCAGUGUCCAGGACAUCUCUGCGUGCCCGGAGCCGUUCUCCUCACUACUCCUCAUCCCGCCGCUCCUCGUCCCAUUCUCGCUCAAAGAAACAUUCGUUAUAUUCAGGCGGGGCCAGCGGAGGCUCCUCCCACAGCAGUCGACCCGGCAGCCGGUCGCCUUCAUCUUCACGUUUGCCCAUCACCUCCAGCCUCGGAGCCGAACUCACGAGAAGGAAGCAGGAACGUCAGGCAGCCGCUGCCAAGAACUCCCCUGCCCUCCAACCAAACACGUCCAAUGUGGCAAACACACCAGUGAAAAACACUGAUCCACCGCCACUGGAGACAGCAGCAGCGGCGGCGGCACCCCCUGAGCCUCAGAGACCACCCUCUCCACCUGCAAUCACUGUGGCUGCGGAGGAGCCUGCUGCACUUCCUCCUCCACCUCUCCCAUUAUCCAGUCCUCCUCCGCUGCCUCUAACGUCUCCUCCGCCUCUUCCAGCCAGCUCUCCUCCUCCUCCUCCUCUGUCCUCUCCUCCUCCUCUUCCUCUAAACAGUCCUCCGCCAGCUCCUCCGCCUUUAGCGCCUGCAACGGCUCCUUCUUCACGGCCAAAAAGCCCCGCACAGAAGCCCACGAAAAGUCCUGCGCACCCGAUGAAGACCUCCACGCUUCCUCCUCUUCCCUUGCCGCCGGCUCUUCUGGGAGACUGCAGGGACAGUCCAAAGAAGAGUGGUCUUUCCCAGAGGUUGUCACGAAAGGAAAGGGAGAAGGAGAAGGAAAAGGAGAAAGAAGUGAGGACACGCCUCCUCAGUGAGUUGCCCCUCCCUCCGGUACUUUCUGGUGGAGACCCUUCACCUCCGCAGUCUCCUGCUCGGGUAUCACCUCCGCUACUGCAGCCCAGCUUCAAGAAGAGACCAAAGAUUUGCUCUCCGAGAUAUGGAGAGAGGAAGCAGACUCAAACCGACUGGGGAAAGCGAUGUGUGGACAAGUUUGACAUCAUCGGCAUCAUCGGAGAAGGGACAUACGGUCAGGUGUACAAGGCUAAAGACAAAGACACAGGAGAGCUGGUGGCAUUGAAAAAAGUGCGACUGGAUAACGAAAAAGAGGGUUUCCCCAUCACCGCCAUCAGGGAAAUCAAGAUCCUGAGACAACUCAACCAUCGCAGCGUGGUCAACAUGAAAGAGAUCGUCACUGACAAACAAGACGCACUGGACUUCAAAAAGGACAAAGGUGCUUUUUACCUGGUGUUUGAGUACAUGGACCAUGACCUAAUGGGACUGCUGGAGUCAGGGCUGGUGUCUUUCUCCCAUGAGCACGUGCAGAGCUUCAUGCGUCAGCUGAUGGAGGGGUUAGACUAUUGCCACAAGAAGAACUUCCUACACCGAGAUAUCAAGUGCUCUAAUAUCCUGCUAAACAACAGUGGUCAGAUCAAGCUUGCUGAUUUUGGUUUGGCUCGUCUCUAUAACUCAGAGGAAAGUCGGCCGUACACUAAUAAGGUGAUCACACUGUGGUAUCGCCCUCCUGAGCUGCUACUAGGGGAGGAAAGAUACUCGCCUGCUAUUGACGUCUGGAGUUGCGGGUGUAUUCUGGGAGAGCUCUUCACUAAGAAACCAAUUUUCCAAGCCAACCAAGAGCUUCUCCAGCUUGAGCUGAUUAGUCGUUUGUGUGGUAGUCCGUGUCCUGCUGCUUGGCCAGAUGUAAUCCGCCUGCCGUACUUCAAUACCAUGAGACCCAAGAAACAGUACAGGCGACGCUUACGAGAGGAGUUCUCUUUUCUGCCCACCCCUGCCCUUGACCUGCUGGACCACAUGUUGACGCUGGACCCCUCGAGACGCUGCACAGCUGAACAGGCUCUCGCCAGCCAGUUUCUGUGUGAUGUGGAGCCCAACAAGAUGCCACCGCCAGAUUUGCCUCAUUGGCAAGACUGUCACGAGCUCUGGAGCAAGAAGCGACGGCGGCAGAGGCAAAGCGGAGUUUCUGAAGAUCUCCCUGUCGCCAAAGUCCCCCGAAAGGAGCCCGCAGGAGCUUCAGGAGGGGAAAACAGUCGCCCGCCACCGAGUCCACCUCCACCGCCGUCAUCUGCUCAUCCUGCAGCCGCUAACACCAUAGCCAGUGAGCUGGAAGGUCUGGGAGCCGCAGCGGAGCAGUUGAACCAGACGGAGCUGGCGGUGCUGCUGAACCUGCUCCAGGGCCAGUCAGACAAUCUGAGCAUCCCACAGAUGGCAGAGUUUCUGCGCAGCUCCUCAUCUGAAGCCUCCACCUCAGUCCUGUCCCGGACCCCCGCCGCCCCCUCCACCCCUGAGCCCGACACCGCGCAGCAGCUCGAACUGCUCAGCCAGCUCUCCACCCUAAUCCAGUCCUCUAGCGUCCCGCAGCCGGCAGAAGCCCCGCAGGAAGACCAGGCCGGCAUUCUGGCGCUCCUAUUGGAGCAGCUAAUCAAGCCGCCGGCGGCAGAGGCGGAGCGGGCUGACGAGAGCAACGGGGUUCCACCAGAGGAGGGCGCUGCACAUGCCGGCUCCGCUUCUGUCACGAGCGCCGAUAGCGAGGAUUCUGCAUUGGUUAAGUCCGAUGCGACAGACUCAAAGUCAACGAAACACCCUGACGACUCUACGCCAGACGUAGCAACGCUGCUUCAUCUGAUUUCCCAGCAGGCCUCCAGGAGCAGAGGUCCUCCUGCAGACUUGCACCCCAAUAAGGGACCCUCGUCUCCCCCGAGCCCCAGCCCUCCGUCAGCCUCUCCGUACGCCCCAUCGCCCGCCUCAGACCUGGCAAACACUACUUCAGAAGCUCCGUUCACCCAGGAUCAAGACUUGCGGUACACCCUGGGCGGAGCGGCCGGCCCUUCCUGAACCCUCACACUCAACUUCAGAUUUUUUUUUUUACUUAAAAGGGUUUGUUCACUCCAAAUUUAAAGUUCUGUUGUCAUUUAAUUAGCAGAAUGUCACAAAUGGGGAUACUUUUGAUCAAAUCGGAGAUUUCCGAAACUAUACAUUUGAUUUGAGUGAUUUAAUUGAUCACUAUAUGAUAAACAAUUCAGUUAUUUACACAUUAACACUAAUACUGAUCACUUUGUUUACAGGUUGAGUCGCAGGAGCUCAAGCAUGCUUGCUUGAUGUGUGACAACCAAUGAGGUUCGUUCUUGUGAGUCACAUACAUUUGCAAGAACCAAUGAGGUUUAUUUCCCUGCUUCAUGCAGGUAUGCUUGAGUUUCUUUUUGUUUGCUAGUGAAAGUCUGUUUAUGAAUGAGUGUCAACAUGAAAUCUCCAUAUAACAUGACUCUCUCUUCAGAAGACUAGGAUUAAACCAGGCAUGGGCAAACUCGAUCCUCGAGGGCCGGUGUCCCUGCAGACUUUUGCUCCAACACUAAUCGAACACACCUGAACACCCUAAUUAGUGUCUUCAAGAUCACUAGAAAGCUACAAGCAGGUGUGUUUGAUUAGGGUUGGUGCAAAACUAUGCAGGGACACCGGCCCUCCAGGAUCGAGUUUGCCCAUCCCUGGAUUAAACCAUAUGUAUUUUAACACUUUAUUCUUGGCUGAAUAGACUACAGAAAUCUCUCAUAUUAUUAAAAAUAUCUUCAUAUGUGUUUCUAAGAUCAACAAAUGUCUUCUAGUUUUGGAGGGCUGUCAGUAAAUGAAGCGUAAAUUUAAUUUUAGGGUGAACUGACCCUUAAAAAUGCUUUAAAUAUAUUUCUUUCUUCCGUUAAAGGAAACAGUGAAUGUUAAAGGAACUAUUCUCGAAUGCGAAUGGAUGAUGUUCAUCCCUCCCAGCGGCCGUCUUUUCCCGACUGCAGCAGUCUGUGAGUUUUAGCCAAGUGUGCUUUCUUUGAGGGCUUUUGUUCGUGUCCAAAUUUCUGAAAAAGAAACAUUUUCUUCUUUGAGCGUUGAUAAUUGUAAAGCGAGAGUCUUGAUCCGGCUCUUUCUUCGUUAUCCUUGUGUUUUAAUACAAAGGCAGAAGAACAUUUGCGGUACUUUAGUGAGGCCUUUGUUUUCACAAACCCAUUUAUUAGCUUGUGCAGAAGACGUGUUUUUAUUUCCAUUUUUGAUGGGGGGAAGGGUAAAUAGUGUUUGCUUAUUCAGAUGUUGCUGUCAGGACCACGGUUAUUUAAAAGUGAAGUUCAUUUAAAUCUAAGACACCUUCAGAAAAGAUUCAACUGAAUAAAAUUUUAGCAUCCGAAUCGCCAGUUUUGAUUUGACUCCGCCAAAUGUACAUGCUGUAAAAUGAUAAUAAAAGAAAACUGUGGCUGAGUAAAACG